AUGGGUGUAUGUUCAGUGGUAUGUUAAUAACAGACAAAAAAUAUAGUAAAUGAAUCUGCAAUAGUUACAGAAACAAUUAAAUAGGCAAUACAAGAAGAUACAUCAACAAGCAGACCAACUUAGUAAUAGGAUAGAUAAUUGCAUAUGGAAACAGGUGCAAUUUAUGAAGGAGAUUUAGUUAAUGGAAUUCGAAGCGGUAAGGGAAGAUAAGUAUGGCCAGAUGGUAUUAAUUCUAUAAUUUAGGUUCUUAUUAUGAGGGGGAUUUUUUGAAUGAUAUGGCAGAUGGAAAGGGAAUUUUAGUAAAUGCUGAAGGAAGUGUCUAUGAUGGAGAAUGGUUAGAAGAUAAAGCUAGCGGUUUUGGAAAGUACCAUAGCCAUGAUGGAUUAUACUAUGAAGGACAAUGGUUAGAGGACAAAUAGCAUGGUAUUGGAAAAGAGAUCAAUUCAAGAAGUUCUUAGAUAAAUUAAAUUGUUAGAUGAAUGCUAUGAGGGUGAAUUUGUUAGAGGUGUUAAAUAAGGAGUAGGAAAAUUGACUUUAAAUGCUGAAGAAUUUUAUGAAGGUGAGUUUUAAAAUGGGAUGAUGCAUGGUAAAGGUAAAAAAUUGAAAUAGUAAUAUAGCUUAGGAACUUAUACUUGGAAAAACAAAAAAUCUUACACGGGAGAAUGGAAAGAAGGGUAAAUGGAUGGAUUUGGAAUAAUGAAAUGGGAAGAUGGAAGAUAUUAUGAAGGUAAUUUUUAGAAAGGGAAAUAACAUGGGGAAGGUACAUUUGUUUGGAAGGGGAAAAAGUAUGUAGGUGCAUGGAUUAAUGGUUAUUAAGAAGGGGAAGGAACUUAUUAUGAUAAAUAAGGUUAGAGUAGAGUGGGAAUUUGGAAGAAUGGAAAGAGAGUAGAAUGGGUUAAUGAUAUAAGUAGUAGCAAUAGCAUUGAAUAAACAAUUUGA